AUGGCCAGUAAGAGGAAGUCCACCACCCCCUGUAUGAUCCCCAAUAAGACCAUGCACCUCCGUGAGGAGCUGGAGCAGGACGCAUACCUGUCAGACCCUCCUUCCCUCAGACAGGCCCAGGCCCGGGACCAAGGCUACCCAAUGGGGGGUAACAGGCAGAGCCCCCUGGAGCGAUCCCCAGGUGAGUCCUCCAGGCCUGAGGGGGGCGGCAUUGUCAAAGACUGGGGCGGCACCUACAUGUGCAGGCAUUGUAACUUUGAGACCCAGGACCUCAACCUGUUCCUGGACCACGUCUACAGUGGCCACCCGGACUUCAGAGCUGACCCCAGCUUCCAGUGCGUGGACUGUGGGGUGUCAGCAGCCAAGUUCGAGGGCCUGGCCCUGCACAACGCCCGGGUCCAUCUCAGCACGGUGAGCACCACCCUGCAGCUGAGGAAGAGGGACAUGAGGUUAGUGGUGGAGCAGAGUCUGGUCACAGGGACAGAGACAGCGAGGGACACAGAGAUCUCCAUCACCAAGACCCCCAUCAUGAGGAUGCUGAAGGGCAAGUCCGAGUCCAAGAGGAUUGUGGUGUCCCAUUCCUCCCAUGAUGAACCCUCCUCAGACCCCCCACCCCUCUUCAUCUCUACCUCCAAAGAUACAGAGAGAAAAGAGACCCCCACAGUGACGGUUACCCACGUCCCUACCAUAAUGCACAAUGGGACAGCCACCAAGGUCACCCUGCCCUCAGCGAUCCAGAUAGUGAACGGCUCGGGUGCUCUGCCCAUGCUCAAGACCGCCAUCACACAGGUACUUAGUACAUAUAUUUUUGCUGCGUUUUGGGAAUUGGUAAGUUAAUUACUACAAAUGAGAAUUAUUUAACUUAUUUGGUUCAAUGUUUUAUUUAAUUACUGUACAACUUUCCUCAGGGAGUUGAAUGCAGUUCAUGUCACUGAUUGUGAAGACAUGCUUGUGGACAAUAUAUUUUUUUGAAUCUUCUCUGAACCAGGUUGUGUCAGUGAUCCAGAACAGGAACUUUCACCAUCAGACAGCUCCCAUCACCGUCUCCUCAGCUCUCUCCUCCACCACCUCCUACUCCACCUCCUCAAAGAACAUGCCCAAGGUACAAUUCCCCCUUUGACCAAAUUGUGUCGGUCCCACUUUAUAUGAAGACGUUAUAGGCAGUGUAGGUACACAUUAUUACAUGGUACUAACAUGUGUAUUUACAUGUACCAUAUAAAUACAUGGGUUUUAGUGUCUUUUGAGCUGUCAGUGUGUAAAUCUUCUCCUGCUUUAUAGGAAAUAGUUCCAUGAAGUAGUAUAAAUUCUAUGUAAUUACGAUGUUGGUACUACAUAAAAUAUAAUGUUUCUACCUUCUGUGGUCCAGGUGAUGAUCCCUCUGAGCAGUAUCCCAACCUACAGCGCCUCCAUGGACUCGUCCUCCUUCCUCAAGACGUCCUUCAGUAAGUUCCCCUACCCCACCAAGGCAGAGCUCUGCUACCUCACCGUGGUCACCAAGUUCCCAGAGGAGCAGAUCAAAAUCUGGUUCACCGCCCAGAGACUCAAGCAGGGCAUCAGCUGGUCUCCAGAAGAGAUUGAGGAGGCCAGGAGGAAGAUGUUCAACACCAUCAUACAGACUGCGCCACCUAGCACCCAGCACCAUACACUACACCGAGGCCAGACCCAGGCCCAGCAUACCAUCACGGUCCUACCUGCCUCUCUGGGGUCUACAGGGAUCCCUCACAUCCUCCAGGGCUCUCUGGUGGGCCAGGGAGGGGUGAUCGUCACCCAGCCCAUGAUGGCCAAUGGCAUCCAGGUCAGCAAUGCCCCCAUGGCUCUGGCGGUCACACCCAAGCAUCAGGCUGCGGCCCGGCCUAUGGUGCAGGCCAGGCCUGCGGCCGCCCUGGUGGCGGAUAAGGGGAUCAGCAUGGUGGGGACGGUGGGGAGCAGUAGUAGUGGAAGCAACAUCAGUAGUAGUAAUGGUGGAGAGAGUACUAGUAGUAUCAGCAGUGGUAGUAGUAGUUUCAGUAGUCAUGCUAGUGUUAUUAACUUUAGCCUUGGCAACAACCAAGGGAACAGCAUUCAUAGCAAUACCAAUGGCAAAGCCAUCAACACCAAUGGCAAAGCCAUCAAUGGCAAUGGAAAAAUAUAUCAUGCUAUUGCUAAUCUCAAUGGGAAAAGCAACAGCAAUGCUAUCAGCAUGGUUAAAAGCAUCAACACUGACAGUAGGCGCAAUGACGGCAGCAAAAGCCACAGCAGUACUAUUGCUAAAAUUAUCAGUGAGAGUAGCGUCAUCUCUGAUAUCAAAAGCACCAUUGACAACAAACCCAACAGCAGCAAUGAUACUAACAGCAGCAGCAGCUUGAGCAACAAGAAAACAAUCACCACCCCGACCUGUGGUCCCACAGCUACUCCUCCCCCUACAGCCUCCACAAACACCACCAGUAACCCCACCACCACCAAAACAGAGGCGGCUUCUUCCCCCUCCACCAAACAUUUUUCCUCGUCUUCCCCGGCGCCGAGCGGGAGCACGGACGCCAGCGGAACCCCAAUCUCCCGAACGCUCCCCAACACCUUCCUGGACCCUAGCUUCUACAAGAGCAAGAAGUCUGUGGAGCAAUUGUGUGCGCUCAAAGAGAGCUUCACUAACAACCAGUUCCCCAACCAGGAGGAGGUGGACCGCCUCAUCUCCAUCACCGGCCUGACCGUGCGCGAGGUCCGCAAGUGGUUCAGUGACCGCCGCUACCACUUCCGCAACCUCAAGGGGGGGCGUUCAAGUACGGGCAGUCAGGGUGGUGCUAGCACUCCAACCACACCCGGGUUGGCUAGUGCAACCACCCGAUCUGGGACCCCCAGUGGUACCCCCAUGGACCUGUCGGACACUGCCACUCCCAAUGAACCCCCCCCAAAAAAACAGCAGGGGUCGGCAGCCCUCAGCGCCCCUCCCUCACAGAUGCCCACCUCCCCUACCACCCUGUCCAGACGGCCCCCCAGACCCCCCUCCCCAGACUUCACAGCCAUCCGCUACAAAGAGAGGGACCCUCAGCAGGUGAGUGGUGGUGCGACUGUGAUGACUUAGUUAUGACUUGGUUUAUUUACACAUAGCUUAGUUUUCCAUAAGAUUACAAAAAUGUAAUAUCGGUGAAGUAUCCCUUUUAAUGUGUAUUUACUGCCAAUCAAAUUUCUCACUGGGACAUGAGAAACCUACGCUCGUCUACCCUACCCUAAUCUCCUCUCUACCCUACCAGGUGAGGGCGCUGGAGGCCAGCUUCAGCCAGGACCCUGACCCCUCCGGAGAGGAGGUGGACCGCCUCCGGUCUGAAACCAAGAUGACCCGCAGAGAGAUCCACGGCUGGUUUGCUGAACGCAGGAAGAGAGUCGCUGCUGAGAAGAAGAAAGAGGAGUUAGAGAGGGAGGAAGAGGAGGAGAUGGAUGCAGGGGGACGGGAGGUGGGAGGGAAGAGUAAGGAUGAUGCCGGGGUGAAGAAAGAGGAGGAUGCGGAGGAGAGGCAGAAGGAGGAUGGUUCAGGCUCAGAGCUGAAGGUGAACCCCAUUAAGAUCAACCUGAAGAUGCUCAAAGUGACUGAGUCCAAUGGCAAACUGGAGACUGAGGGAGGCCAGGCAAACAGCCCUACGAUGCCUACCCUAUUUCCCCCAGCCCCAACCCUCACCCCUGCACCAUCCACAAUUCCAUCUCUGACCCCAAAGCCAUCCCCAUCACCCAAACCCUCCCCUAUCCGGGGCAAGAAGACAUUAGAGCAGCUCCACCUCCUGAAGCAGGUGUUUGCCCGGACCCAGUGGCCCAGUGCGGUACAGUAUGACGAGCUGAUCUCUUCCACGGGGCUUCCCAGGCCUGAGGUGGUGCGCUGGUUCGGUGACUGUCGCUAUGUGCAGAAGAACAGCCAGCUAAAGUGGCUAGAGGCCUACCAGACCAUGGUCCUGGAGGAGGACUUCCAGAGGGGAGACACUCAGAUGCUGAAGGCCCAUCUGGAGGCCCAUGGAAGUCUGGAGGAGGAACAGGUACGAUUCUCCCAUUAUCUCAAGAUCAAGAGUUUUUCUAUGGUUCUGUGGUUGUGGAUUUUUUGGAACCCGACUUGCCGUGGCUAAUGAUACGGACAUUUCUGUGCAUGUGCAGGAUUGUUUUUUACAUAACUGCUUCCCAUUCUGCUGCCAACGUAGCUUCUGCUCAGUGCUCCGCUGCCGCUUCCCCCUCCUUGACAUGAAGGGGAACCUUCAUGUUGUACACUAAAUAAUACUUUUUAACGUCUAUGCUAAGGACAUGGUCGACAUGUUCGAACUAUGCAUUCCAUGCCUCAAGCGCAAUGUCAUGUUCUUUUUUUUUCAGAAGGGGUGCAAGGCUACAUGCAGCUAUCAUGUUGUCCACCAGCUAGGUAGUGUACUCGUGCGGUACUUGCAUGAUUAUUGAGAAGCGAAAUAGCAAUUAGUAGGGCAGCGUUUCCCAAACUCGGUCCUCGCGACCCCAAGGGGUGCACGUUUUGGUUUUUGCCCUAACACUACACGGCUGAUUCAAAUUAUCAAAGCUUGAUGAUUAGUUGAUUAUUUGAAUCAGCUGUGUAAUGCUAGGGCAAAAACCAAAAUGUGCACCCCUUGAGGUUCUGAGGACCGAGUUUGGGAAACACUGUAGUAAGGCCUGUGUGUGGUUAAAUCAGUUUUUUGCCCCAAUACAAAACACAAGUGGGGAGUUACAUGCAGCUAUCUAGGCAGCAUAUCAAACACAAGCAAGAUUUAGACACGCAGUCUAAUUAGCGAUUUAAUGUAAUUUCUUAAUCAUCAUUGCAAGCAUUGGCUAAGUAGGAGGUAGACAUGCAGUCAAAGUAGUAGUGUUCUUUUUUCAGGAACUCUGGCCAGUGUCUACCAUAUGGCAGCAAGUAUAAAGAUUAGCCUACAUCAUCAAACGCUGAUUGUUUUUGCUCCAUCAGAAUUAGUAUUUCCCCACACAAGGCUUUAUUACAGAGAGAAAUAAUCCUCAGCACCCCACCCCCAGAUGAUCCCGCAGGUGAAGAAGCUGGAUGUGGAGGUCCUGUGCUGGCGUUUAUGGUAGAGAAAUGAACAUUAUAUUCUCUGGCAACAGCUCUGGUGGACAUUGCUGCAGUCAGCAUGCCAAUUGCAAUUUCCUUAAAAACAUGAGACAUCUGUGUUGUGUGACAACUGCACAUUUUAGAGUGGCCUUUUAUUGUCCCCAGCAUAAAGUGCAUCUGUGUAAUGAUCAUGCUGUUUAAUCAGCUUCUUGAUAUGCCACAAUUGUCAGGUGGAUGGAUUUUCUUGACGAAGGAUGAAAUGCUCAUUAACAGGGAUAUAAAUACAUUUGUGCACAACAUUUGAGAGAAAUGUGCAUAUGGAAAAUUUCUGGGGUCUUUUAUUUCACCUCAUGAAACAUGGGACCAGCACUUUACAUGUGGCAUUGAUAUUUGUGUUCAGUAUAUAUUUUUGGUAAUGUUCAUUCAAAUCGCUGCAGGGUUUUUAUUUCGGCUGUUCUGAAAUAUGAGGCAGAGACAUAGGCUAUUGCAUCUUCAUGGUUCAGAAGAGGGUGAGUAAAGACAGAAACCUGAAGGGAGGGGGAGUGUGAGCAGCAGCUACGUAGUGUGCGUAAAAUAACACAUGCGCGGAACGUGAUCUGGAUCCUUAGCUCCGUAUUUGCAACCACAGCCUUUCUAUUAAGCUUCAGAUUCUGAGUGUAGAGUUACUACACAUGUAAAAACACAAAUUACAAUCAUGCAACUACAUGGUAUUUGUGCACCCGGAUGUAAAGUGUGACUAGCAAUUGUCAAUAUUCUCAUGUUGCCUGUGUGUCUAUAUUUUGAGUAGCAGAAUGCCUGUCAAUGGUGAUAUGUAACAGACUGUGUCUGUCCUCUCCAGGUGUUGGAGCUGGCCCAGGCUAGUGGGCUGACAGAAGAGCUGGUAAGACGCUGGUUCUCUACCCAGGCUCCUCUACUGCUGCAGGGGAAGGAUAGGGGGGUUGCAGAGGAGGUGGAAGCAGGGGAGACACCCGGGGUGGGGGGAGUAACAGUAACAGCCAGCCCAGCACCCACGGCACCCAUGGAGGGAGGAGCGGCAGAGCCGGUCCAAGGAGAGGGGGAGGUGAAAGAGGAGAAGAUGGAACAGUCAGUGUGUGGAGGAACUAAAGAGGGGGAUGAGGAGAGGAGUGCGGAAAACAAGGCUGUGAAUCCUGGAAAAGGUAGUUGUUUUCCUACUAAUUUUUAUUUGAUAUGUAGUCUGCAAUAUUUUCUUGGUAUAUGUAUAUUUUGAAUCUUGGCACAUUAAACUAAGGUUAUCAUUGACAUACACUGAGUUUACAAAACAUUAAGAACACCUUUCUAAUGUUGAGUUGCACCCCCUUUUGCCCUCAGAACAGCCUCAAUUCGCCGGGGCAUGGACUACAAGGUGUCGAAAGCGUUCCACAGGGAUGCUGGCCCAUGUUGACUCCAAUGCUACCCACAGUUGUCAAGUUGGCUGGAUGUCCUUUGGGUGGUGGACCAUUCUUGAUACACACGGGAAACUGUUGAGUGUGGAACAACCCAGCAUCGUUGCAGUUCUUCACACUCAAACCGGUGUGCCACUCAAAGGCACUUCAAAAUUGUUUUUAUUGCCCAUUCACCCUCUGAAUGGCACACAUACGCAAUCCAUGUCUCAAUUGUCUCAACGCGUAAAAAUCCUUCUUUAACCAGUCUCCUCCCCUUCAUCUACACUGAUUUGAAGUGGAUUUAACAGGUGACAUCAAUAAGGGACAAUAGCUUUCACCUAGUCACAGUCAUGGAAAGGUGUUCUUAAUGUUUUGUACACUCAGUGUAUAAAGUUGCAAUACAGUAAUUACCCAUGUAAGGUUUAUUUAUUUUUUCAUUUUUGUCACAGGAACAGACUGAGGAUCUUUGUCUGAGCAGGGAAAAGAGGAGUGAGGGAUGGAGAGAGGUGGCCCAAAGGGACAAUCAAUGCAGGUGGUCUUUGCACAGUGCCUGUUUUUGAGCUCCUGACAGCAGAUGUGAUUGUAACCGGAUCACUGGAUAUUGACCCUGAACACCCCCCCCCCCCCCCCACCCCCCCCCCCCCCCACCCCCCCCAACUUCCAUAUUUCUCUCCAACACUCUGCUAUGCUGAAGAUGGCACUUGAAACCCCCACAUCCUCCAAUCCGCCAUUUUAUCCUUCAAUCGACAAGUUGCAGUUGAGACUCAAGCGCAGGAUUCGCAGAGGAGGGGUUUCGUUUCUCUCUCGCCCUCCUCUCCUCUCUGCUGCCGGCCCUGCUGCAGUUGGAGGGAGAAGUGGAUGGAUUUGGAGGAGAAAAGUGUAGAGAUGUGGUUGGGAUUUGGACUCCAGCAGACAGGGAGAGGAGAGGAGGAGGGGGGGGUUAAAAUCCUGACUGGACAGAUAUCGACCAAGCCAAUCCUCUAGUGUGAGUAUCACUGGUGUGUGAAGAGAGAGAGGAAGGAGAGAGAGACUGACUGUAGGCCUAUCCAAGAGGUUUUUGGUACUGGGGUACAAGAUGAGAACUGUAAAGACCUUUUUUUUUUUUUAAAGGAAACUUGAGGUCAGAGGUAAACAUUAGGAGAUGUGUAUCCUUGUUUUAGCAUCAAGUGCUUCUGUUCUGUACGUAUGUAUUUCUGUUUUCAUUGAUCUUUCUUAAACUGUAACAAAUCUUGACUGACUAAAAUAAGUUCCAACAUACUUUUAGAUAUUAUUUGCAGAAUAAACAAAAUGUAACAAAUUGGUUUCCUAUUGCACUUAUUUUCAAAGUCCAAGAUUUCUGUAAAAAUAGUCACCAUAGGCUAUAUUUUAUUUUAAAAAAUACAGCACUGGUGUUAAUAAUCUAUUUUUAUUUUUUAAUUCACCUUUAUUUAACCAGGUAGGCCAGUUGAGAACAAAUUCUCAUUUACAACUGCGACCUGGCCAAGAUAAAGCAAAGCAGUGUGAUUUAAAAACAACACAGAGUUACACAUGGGAUAAACAAAAACAUACAGUCAAUAACACAAUUGAAAAUCUAUAUACAUUGUGUGCAAAUGUAGUAAAUUAUGGAGGUAAGGCAAUAAAUAGGCCAUAGUGCAAAAUAAUUACAUUUACAUUUUAGUCAUUUUGCAGACGCUCUUAUCCAGAGCGACUUACAGUUAGCGCAUGCAUUAUUUUAUCGAACCCACAACCCUGGCGUUGCAAACGCCAUGCUCUACCAACUGAGCUACAUCCCCUUUACAAUUUCAUUACAAUUUAGUAUUAACACUGGAGUGAUAGAUGUGCAGAAGAUGAUGUGCAAAUAGAGAUACUGGGGUGCAAAUGAGAAAAAUAAAUAACAAUAUGGGGAUGAGGUAUUUGGGUGGGCUAAUUACAGAUGGGCUGUGUACAGGUGCAGUGAUCGGUAAGCUGCUCUGACAACUGAUGCCUAAAGUUAGUGAGGGAGAUAAGAGUCUUCAGCUUCAGAGAUGUUUGAAGUUCGUUCCAGUCAUUAGCAGCAGAGAAUUGGAAGGAGUGGCGGCCAAAGGAGGUGUUGGCUUUGGGGAUGACCAGUGAGAGAUACCUGCUGGAGCGCAUACUACGGGUGGGUGUUGCUAUGGUGACCAAUGAGCUAAGAUAAGGCGGGGAUUUGCCUAGCAGUGAUUUAUAGAUGACCUGGAGCCAGUGGGUUUGGCGACGAAUAUGUAGUGAGGACCAGCCAACAAGAGCGUACAGGUCACAAUGGUGGAUAGUAUAUGGGGCUUUGGUGACAAAACGGAUGGCACUGUGAUAGACUACAUCCAAUUUGCUGAGUAGAGUGUUGGAGGCUAUUUUGUAAAUGACAUCGCCGAAGUCAAGGAUCGGUAGGAUAGUCAGUUUUACGAGGGCAUGUUUGGCAGCAUGAGUGAAUGAGGCUUUGUUGUGAAAUAGGAAGCCAAUUCUAGAUUUAAUUUUGGAUCGGAGAUGCUUAAUGUGAGUCUGGAAGGAGAGUUUACGGUCUAACCAGACACCUAGGUAUUUGUAGUUGUCCACAAAUUCUAAGUCCGACCCGCCGAGAGUAGUGAUUCUAGUCGGGCGGGCAGGUGCAAGCAGCGUUCGAUUGAAGAGCAUGCAUUUAGUUUUACUAGUGUUUAAGAGCAGUUGCAGGCUACGGAAGGAGUGUUGUAUGGCAUUGAAGCUCGUUUGGAGGUUUGUUAACAGUGUCCAAUGAAGGGCCAGAUGUAUACAAAAUGGUGUCAUCUGCUUAGAGGUGGAUCUGAGAGUCACCAGCAGCAAGAGCGACAUCAUUGAUAUACACAGAGAAUAGAGUCGGCCUGAAAAUUGAACCCUGUGGCACCCCCAUAGAGACUGCCAGAGGUCCAGACAACAGGCCCUCCGAUUUGACCCAUUGAACUCUAUCUGAGAAGUAGUACCAGGCGAGGCAGUCAUUUGAGAAACCAUGGCUAUUUAGUCUGCCAAUAAGAAUGCGGUGAUUGACAGAGUCGAAAGCCUUGGCCAGGUCGAUGAAGACGGCUGCACAGUACUGUCUUUUAUUGAUCGUGGUUAUAAUAUUAUUUAGGACAUUGAGCGUGGCUGAGGUGCACCCAUGACCAGCUCGGAAACCAGAUUGCAUAGCGGAGAAGGUACGGUGGGAUUCGAAAUGGUCGGUGAUCUGUUUGUUAACUUGGCAGGGCAGGAUGGAUAUAGGUCUGUAACAGUUUGGAUCUAGAGUAUCACCCCCUUUUGAAGAGGGGGAUGACUGCGGCAGCUUUCCAAUCUCUGGGGAUCUCAGAUGAUACGAAAGAGAGGUUGAACAGGCUAGUAAUAGGGGUUGCUACAAUUUCGGCUGCUAAUUUUAGAAAGAAAGGUUCCAGAUUGUCUAGCCCAGCUGAUUUGUAGGGGUCCAGAUUUUGCAGCUCUUUCAGAACAUCAGCUAUCAGAAUUUGGGUGAAGGAGAAGCGGGGGUGGGCAUGGGAAAGUUGCAGCUGAGGGUGCAGAGCUGGUGGCCGGGGUAGGGGUAGCCAGGUGGAAAGCAUGGCCAGCCAUAGCAAAAUGCUUAUUGAAAUUCUCGAUUAUCGUAGAUUUAUUGGUGGUGACAGUGUUUCCUAGCCUCAGUGCAGUGGACAGCUCGGAGGAGGUGCUCUUAUUCUCCAUUGAUUUUAAUGUCCCAAAACUUUUUGGAGUUAGUGCUACAAGAUGCACAUUUCUGUUUGAAAAAGCUAGCCUUUGCUUUCCUAACUAUUUUUGUAUAUUGGUUCCUGACUUCCCUGAAAAGUUGCAUAUCGCGGGGGCUGUUCGAUACUAAUGCAGUACGCCACAGGAUGUUUUUGUGCUGGUCAAGGGCAGUCAAGUCUGCGGUGAACCAGGGGCUAUAUCUGUUCUUAGUUCUGAAUUUUUUGAAUAGGGCAUACUUAUUUAAGAUGGAGAUGAAAGCACUUUUAAAGAACAACCAGGCAUCCUCUACUGACGAAAUGAGGUCAAUAUCCAUCCAGGAUACCCGGGCCAGGUCAAUUAGAAAGGCCUGCUCGCUGAAGUGUUUUAGGGAGCGUUUGACAGUGAUGAGGGGUGGUCGUUUGACCGCGGACCCAUUACGGACGCAGGCAAUGAGGCCGUGAUCGCUGAGAUCCUGGUUGAAGACAGCGGAGGUGUAUUUAGAGGGUAAAUUAGUCAGGAUGAUAUCUAUGAGGGUGCCCAUGUUUACGGAUUUAGGGUUGUACCUUGUAGGUUCCUUGAUAAUUUGUGUGAGAUUGAGGGCAUCUAGUUUAGAUUGUAGGGUGGCCGGGGUGUUAAGCAUAUCCCAGUUUAGGUCACCAAGCAGUACGAACUCUGAGGAUAGAUGGGGGGCAAUCAAUUCACAUAUGGUGUCCAGGGCACAGCUGGGGGCUGAGGGGGGUCUGUAGCAAGCGGCAACAGUCUUAUUAACAGACUUAUUUCUGGAAAGGUGGAUUUUUAGAAGUAGAAGCUCAAACUGUUUGGGCACAGACCUGGAUAGUAUGAUAGAGCUCUGCAGUAGAUUGCAACUCCGCCCCCUUUGCCAGUUCUAUCUAGACGGAAAAUGUUGUAGUUGGGGAUGGAAGUUUCAGAGUUUUUGGUGGCCUUCCUAAGCCAGGAUUCAGACACUGCUAGAACAUCAGGGUUGGCGGAGUGUGCUAACGCAGUGAAUAACUCAAACUUAGGGAGAAGGCUUCUGAUGUUAAUAUGCAAGAAACCAAGGUUUUUACGGUUACAGAAGUCAACAAAUGAUAGGGCCUGGGGAGUAGGAGUGAUACUGGGGGCUACAGGGCCUGGGUUAACCUCUACAUCACCAGAGGAACAGAGGAGGAGUAGAAUAAGGAUACGGCUUAGGCUUUAAGAACUGGUCUUGUAGUGGGUUGGGUACAGAGAAUAAAAGGGGCAGAUUUCCGGGCAUUGUAGAAUAGAUUCAGGGCACUAUGUACAGACAAGUACAGUGGAGGUAAACCUAAGCGUUGGGUAACGAUGAAAGAGAUAGCAUCACUGGAGGCACCGAUUGAGCCAGUCUACGCAUGUAUGGGAGGUGGGACAAAGGAGCUAUCUGAGGCAGGUUGAGCGUGACUUGGGGCUCUACAGUGAAAUUGUAUAAUAACAACUAACCGAAACAGCAAUAGGCAAGGCAUAUUGACAUGGGAGAGAGUCAUAAAGCAAUCACAGGUGUUAUUCAUGAGAGCUAAACAGGAUGGGGUACCGUGUAAAGGAACGGUCCAGCAGGUAUCAGCUGUGUAGCUGAGUGAUCAUAAGGUCCAGUGAACAGCAAUCAGUGAGUCCGGGAGCAGUUCGAUGGCUGCUAUGGCACAGGCGAGCAGGAGGCACAGCUGUUGAUUGCAUGUGCUAGCGGGCUGGGGCUAGCAAAUGGAUCUUCGUGGUCGUCGCAACGGGAAGCCUGUUGAAACCACAUCAGACGAUUACGUCGGCAGACCAGUCGUGAUGGAUCGGCGGGGCUCCGUGUCGACACUAGGAGGUCCCGUCCGGUUGACAGAGAGGUAGAUAGCCGGGAGAUGGGCCUGGCUCAAGGCUAGCUCAAGGCUAACAGGUGCUAGCUUUGGGACAGUGGUGAUUAGCCAACAACAACAUCCAUUCGGUUGCAGCUAGCUAGUUGCGAUGAUCCGGUGUUAAGGUCCAGCGAUUCCAGCUGAAAAUCCGAUUUGCUCUGGGUCGAUAGCGCACUGUGCAGACUGGCCGAUAAUUGUCCAGGCUAGAGCUGGCUGGUAGGUAGUGCAGGCCACGGACAAUGGUGAAAACCGCUAACGGUGGCUAAUAGCAAGUAGCUAGUUAGCUGGCUAGUUUCAGCCGGAGAUUCUAGAUAAAAAGGUAUAAGAAAUAAUAGAAUCCGUUCCACAUUGGGUGAGGCGGGUUGCAGGAAAGUAUAUUUAGUUGAAGGAUGAUAAGUGAGAUUGAGAAAUAUAUACGAAAAAAAACAAAAAAAAACAGGCUAUUUACACGAGUAAAUUACAGAAUACAUGACCGCACUGCUACGCCAUCUUGAAUUUUUUGACAUAUAAUUAAGACAUAUUAUUAAGACAUUACACAUUAAGACAGCUUCACCAUUUCAUCAAGCGACAUCAUUAACUUUAUGCUGAUCAUAAUCAUGGUAGGCUAGGUGGGAUUUCUAUCAUUUUGCUUAUACUUAUCAGUUCCUCUAUACAAGUGGCUAGGGUGUAGAGGUUUCAGUGUGGAUCAGACAAACAAUUUCAUCAUCAAUUAAAGAAAUUGUAAUUCAUUGAAACAUGAAUAAUCAUCACUUCAAGUGAAGUAUUUACCUUCUCGGUUAACUGUGUAGUUUCACAUUCAAACUGAUUCACUCAUUAUUCAUGAUUCAUUCAUGGUUAUCCGUAAUCAUGGUAGCAUCCCUAUCAAUGUAGAAGUGUUCAGAAACAUAUUAUAUUCUUAUUUACAAUAAAAGUUAGUCCAAAAUGACCAUUAAUUAUUUACCAUUAAUUUCUAUUGGACCCAACAUAAUCCAAAACAAAUUGCAAAUGCAUCCAACAAGUUUGUAGAGUCACAAGCUUGAUGUAGUCCACGCGUGCUAGGAAUAUAGGACAAAAUAUUACUAAUGUAAUACUCUAUAAGUGAAUUUGUCCAAAUACUUAUGACACCUUCAAAUGGGGGGACUAGAUAAAAAAGUGCUUUCAUUUCUAAACGGUAUAACAUAUGUAUGAAAAUACCCUGCAAUAAAAGGUGACAUUCUGUACUGUCGCCUCAUAUAAAACAUUUGAUCUCAAAUCCAAAAUGCGGGAGUUUAGAACCAAAUGAAUAGUUUUAGCUUCACUGUCCAAAUAAAUACGUAGGGAAGUGUAGCUAUGUUUACAUGCACAUGGAAGAAAGUAGACACUGGUCAGCAGUAGGCUCUAUGUAGCGCAAGAGACCAACUCUCCAAAACAUAGAGACCUUACGUUGGGGGUACAGAGAGAGCGAGAGAAAGGGUGUGUGUGUAACGGAGUCUUGAUCCCUCAACCUUACUAUGAACGGAGACAAAAAAAGAAACUAAAGGUGCAAUGACCAAAAGGUGGCAAGAUUCAGACCUUCGGUAUUCAGUUCCAAACCCCAUUUUCCACUUAACGUCCUCCAGUGAUUUUUUUACUUUGUUGAAAAGCGAUAUCCCAAGUAUAAAUACAGUAAAGUACACACACUAAAAGGUUAAAAACAACAACAUUUUGAGAUGUGUUUUUUUUAGACAACCGCAAACUUUGAGGAGUAGGGAAUCCGUGAUGUCAUCGGCCUCCCCCUUUGCUUGAGGAGCAAUAGAGAACAAAAGAAGAAAGGCCCACCACCCCCAAUUGUACUAUGUCAUGACAUACCUGGACCACCUAUUGAGAUGUGCCUUUUGUUAAGUAAUAUGUGUAUAUAUACAGUGGGGAAAAAAAGUAUUUAGUCAGCCACCAAUUGUGCAAGUUCUCCCACUUAAAAAGAUGAGAGAGGCCUGUAAUUUUAAUCAUAGGUACACGUCAACUAUGACAGACAAAUUGAGAAAAAAAAAAUCCAGAAAAUCACAUUGUAGGAUUUUUUAUGAUUUUAUUUGCAAAUUAUGGUGGAAAAUAAGUAUUUGGUCACCUACAAACAAGCAAGAUUUCUGGCUCUCACAGACCUGUAACUUCUUCUUUUAGAGGCUCCUCUGUCCUCCACUCGUUACCUGUAUUAAUGGCACCUGUUUGAACUUAUCAGUAUAAAAGACACCUGUCCACAACCUCAAACAGUCACACUCCAAACUCCACUAUGGCCAAGACCAAAGAGCUGUCAAAGGACACCAGAAAGAAAAUUGUAGACCUGCACCAGGCUGGGAAGACUGAAUCUGCAAUAGGUAAGCAGCUUGGUUUGAAGAAAUCAACUGUGGGAGCAAUUAUUAGAAAAUGGAAGACAUACCAGACCACUGAUAAUCUCCCUCGAUCUGGGGCUCCACGCAAGAUCUCACCCCGUGGGGUCAAAAUGAUCACAAGAACGGUGAGCAAAAAUCCCAGAACCACACGGGGGGACCUAGUGAAUGACCUGCAGAGAGCUGGGACCAAAGUAACAAAGCCUACCAUCAGUAACACACUACGCCGCCAGGGACUCAAAUCCUGCAGUGCCAGACGUGUCCCCCUGCUUAAGCCAGUACAUGUCCAGGCCCGUCUGAAGUUUGCUAGAGUUCAUUUGGAUGAUCCAGAAGAGGAUUGGGAGAAUGUCAUAUGGUCAGAUGAAACCAAAAUAUAACUUUUUGGUAAAAACUCAACUCGUCGUGUUUGGAGGACAAAGAAUGCUGAGUUGCAUCCAAAGAACACCAUACCUACUUUGAAGCAUGGGGGUGGAAACAUCAUGCUUUGGGGGCUGUUUUUCUGCAAAGGGACCAGGACGACUGAUCCGUGUAAAGGAAAGAAUGGGGCCAUGUAUCGUGAGAUUUUGAGUGAAAACCUCCUUCCAUCAGCAAGGGCAUUGAAGAUGAAACGUGGCUGGGUCUUUCAGCAUGACAAUGAUCCCAAACACUCCGCCCGGGCAACGAAGGAGUGGCUUCGUAAGAAGCAUUUCAAGGUCCUGGAGUGGCCUAGCCAGUCUCCAGAUCUCAACCCCAUAGAAAAUCUUUGGAGGAAGAUGAAAGUCCGUGUUGCCAAGCGACAGCCCCAAAACAUCACUGCUUGACCAAAUACUUAUUUUCCACCAUCAUUUGCAAAUAAAUGCAUUAAAAAUCCUACAAUGUGAUUUUCUGGAUUUUUUUUUCUCAUUUUGUCUGUCAUAGUUGACGUGUACCUAUGAUGAAAAUUACAGGCCUCUCUCAUCUUUUUAAGUGGUAGAACUUGCUUGCACAAUUGGUGGCUGACUAAAUACUUUUUUCCCCCACUGUGUAUAUAUAUAUAUAUAUAUAUAUAUGUAUACACAUACAUACACUUACAUAUCCUUUUAAAAAUAUAUACAGUGGGGAAAAAUAGUAUUUAGUCAGCCACCAAUUGUGCAAGUUCUCCCACUUAAAAAGAUGAGAGAGGCCUGUAAUUUUCAUCAUAGGUACACGUCAACUAUGACAGACAAAAUUAGAAAAAAAAAUCCAGAAAAUCACAUUGUAGGAUUUUUAAUGAAUUUAUUUGCAAAUUAUGGUGGAAAAUAAGUAUUUGGUCAAUAACAAAAGUUUCUCAAUACUUUGUUAUAUACCCUUUGUUGGCAAUGACACAGGUCAAACGUUUUCUGUAAGUCUUCACAAGGUUUUCACACACUGUUGCUGGUAUUUUGGCCCAUUCCUCCAUGCAGAUCUCCUCUAGAGCCGUGAUGUUUUGGGGCUGUCGCUGGGCAACACAGACUUUCAACUCCCUCCAAAGAUUUUCUAUGGGGUUGAGAUCUGGAGACUGGCUAGGCCACUCCAUGACCUUGAAAUGCUUCUUACGAAGCCACUCCUUCGUUGCCCGGGCCGUGUGUUUGGGAUCAUUGUCAUGCUGAAAGACCCAGCCACGUUUCAUCUUCAAUGCCCUUGCUAAAGGAAGGAGGUUUUCACACAAAAUCUCACGAUACAUGGCCCCAUUCAUUCUUUCCUUUACACGGAUCAGUCGUCCUGGUCCCUUUGCAGAAAAACAGCCCCAAAGCAUGAUGUUUCCACCCCCAUGCUUCACAGUAGUUAUGGUGUUCUUUGGAUGCAACUCAGCAUUCUUUGUCCUCCAAACACGACGAGUUGAGUUUUUACCAAAAAGUUCUAUUUUGGUUUCAUCUGACCAUAUGACAUUCUCCCAAUCCUCUUCUGGAUCAUCCAAAUGCACUCUAGCAAACUUCAGACGGGCCUGGCUUAAGCAGGGGGACACGUCUUGCACUGCAGGAAUUGAGUCCCUGGCGGCGUAGUGUGUUACUGAUGGUAGGCUUUGUUACUUUGGUCCCAGCUCUCUGCAGGUCAUUCACUAGGUCCCCCCGUGUGGUUCUGGGAUUUUUGCUCACCGUUCUUGUGAUCAUUUUGACCCCACGGGGUGAGAUCUUGCGUGGAGCCCCAGAUCGAGGGAGAUUAUCAGUGGUCUUGUAUGUCUUCCAUUUCCUAAUAAUUGCUCCCACAGUUGAUUUCUUCAAACCAAGCUGCUUACCUAUUGCAGAUUCAGUCUUCCCAGCCUGGUGCAGGUCUACAAUUUUCUUUCUGGUGUCCUUUGACAGCUCUUUGGUCUUGGCCAUAGUGGAGUUUGGAGUGUGAGUGUUUGAGGUUGUGGACAGGUGUCUUUUAUACUGAUAACAAGUUCAAACAGGUGCCAUUAAUACAGGUAACGAGUGGAGGACAGAGGAGCCUCUUAAAGAAGAAGUUACAGGUCUGUGAGAGCCAGAAAUCUUGCUUGUUUGUAGGUGACCAAAUACUUAUUUUCCACCAUAAUUUGCAAAUAAAUUCAUUAAAAAUCCUACAAUGUGAUUUUCUGGAUUUUUUUUUCUCAAUUUGUCUGUCAUAGUUGACGUGUACCUAUGAUGAAAAUUACAGGCCUCUCUCAUCUUUUUAAGUGGGAGAACUUGCACAAUUGGUGGCUGACUAAAUACUUUUUUUCCCCACUGUAUUUCCCUUUAUUACUUUCCAACCCCACCACCCCUUCCCUAAUUGGAGUAAACUAGUGAACAACAACGCUUAGGCCUCUAUUUCCAGUUUAUACAUACAGUACUAUAUACAUUUUAUGGACAUAGUCAAUUUUACAAUAAAUAUAUUUUGUUUAUUUUCACUCCUGAACUUCCUCAACCUCUCCGAUCAUUUUCAUGAUGUCCAUCUGGUUUGCAUCACCCAGUAGUGCUAUCUGCUGGGUUAGCUCCAGGUAAAUAUUGCAAUCCUUCAGCCAUUCCUGGACCUGUGACCAAAAACAAGCUACAAAUGGACAGUACCAAAGCAAAUGACCAAAUGAUUCUGUCUCUUCGCAGCAAAAUCUGCAGAGCUAGGAAGAUUGUAUCCCCCAUAUAAAUAACAUUCUAUUGGUAGCAAGAAUUUUGUAUAAUAAUUUAAAUUGGAAGAAUUCUAAGUUUUAAAUCCGGCAUCGUUUUGCGUAUCAGUUCAUAAACACUAUGCCAUGGAAUCGGUACGUCAAAAAUAUCUUUCCAACUAUUUUGCAAUAUAUAUGGGACGGCUGUCAAUCCUUUGGUCCUUAAAUGAAACUGGUAUUCUUUUUUUAUUUAUCACAAUUUUCUUUAACCAAUUAUGUUCUUUAAUGCAGGGCCGACAGACAAGUUCCUUACUUUUUCCCCCUUCCACUUUCCUCUUCCAUUUUUGCGGGAUGCUGCAAUUAUUUGGUUGUAAUUUUGGGUAGAGCAGACAUUUCCAUAUGUUUUUAGCUGCAUGUGCGACAUAACUCCACCAGUCCUACCUAUGAUAUAAUUUACGAAGAUUUUACUUUUUUUUUUUUUUUUAUCAAUUAGUAUAUUCGAGUUUAACAACAAUAUUUGUUGCAUUAUUUGUUCUGUAGUUUCUGGAGGAUUCAAUUGAAAUUGCAACCAAAUUUCUAUGACUUGUUUUAGAAAUAGUGAUAUUUGGGAGAUGAUUUCCUUUUCAAAUAACUGAAAGUGUGAGGUUGUAUUUUGAAUAAAGGGAAAAAGGCCAUUCAAAUCAAAUCGAAUCAAAUUUUAUUGGCCACAUGCGCCGAAUACAACAGGUGCAGACAUUACACUGAAAUGCUUACUUACAGCCCUUAACCAACAGUGCAUUUAUUUUUAAUAAAAAAAGUAGAAUAAAACAAAAAAGUGUUGAGAAAAAAAGAGCAGAAUAAAAUAAAAUAACAGUAGGGAGGCUAUAUAUACAGGGGGGCACCGGUGCAGAGUCAAUGUGCGGGGGCACCGGCUAGUUGAGGUAGUUGAAGUAAUAUGUACAUGUGGGUAGAGUUAAAGUGACUAUGCAUAAAUAAUUAACAGAGUAGCAGCAGCGUAAAAAGAUGGGGUGGGGGGGCAGUGCAAAUAGUCCAGGUAGCCAUGAUUAGCUGUUCAGGAGUCUUAUGGCUUGGGGGUAGAAGCUGUUGAGAAGUAUUUUGGACCUAGACUUGGCACUCCGGUACCGCUUGCCAUGCGGUAGCAGAGAGAACAGUCUAUGACUAGGGUGGCUGGAGUCUUUGACAAUUUUGAGGGCCUUCCUCUGACACUGCCUGGUAUAGAGGUCCUGGAUGGCCGGAAGCUUGGCCCCAGUGAUGUACUGGGCCGUACGCACUACCCUCUGUAGUGCCUUGCGGUCGGAGGCCAAGCAGUUGCCAUACCAGGCGGUGAUGAAACCAGUCAGGAUGCUCUCGAUGGUGCAGCUGUAGAAUUCUUUGAAGAUCGAGGACCCAUGCCAAAUCUUUUCAGUCUCCUGAGGGGGGAUAGGCUUUGUCGUGCCCUCUUCACGAACAUCUUACUAAUUUGCUAGAGAAGCAGUUCGGAUUUAAGUAUAACUUUUGUGCCACUUUAACUUAAUUCAUAUGGCUUGAAAAAGAGUUUCCCUUUUUUGCAUAACAUUCUGAAUACUGAAAACUAUUUCCAGGGAGAAAAUCUGCUAAAAGGGGGAAUUGCAGAGAGAGAGAGAGACACACACACUCUCACACUCUCUCUUACUUUAAAACAGCUCUCUUCCCCCAGUCCCUGAUCUCAGUGAGGGAAUCAUGUGA